AACCAUAAUUUCAAAAUAUUUUCAAAAACUAUUUUUGUUUGUACCUACCUGGGUUUAUUUACAUGCCUACGUAAUAUGUAAUGAAUACGAUAUUUUCGUAUUCUUUUGUAAAUUUCUCUUAUGGGUUAGAUUUCAAAACCAUAUCAAAUAAGGAUGAAGUAAAAGGAGGUAUCCAUAGGUUAUAAUUUAUAGGUACAUAUAUAUAUUUUUAUCUACUCAAAUCUGCAAUGAUAAUGCAUGUAAUGCGACAUUAUAAAAUUUAACCUUGGACUUUACAAGUGUAUCAAAACACAGAAUGACUGCAGUAAUCCCAGCUGUCACCAAAUUAUCAGGGAGGAUUAUUAGGAUCCUUGGUUUUAAUCCCGGUCCUAUGACUCUUCAGGGCACUAAUACAUAUCUUAUUGGAACUGGAAGGAACCGGAUUCUCCUUGACACUGGUGAUAAGGACAUCAAGGAUUAUCAGAACAGUCUGUGUGAGGUGGUGCAGUCGGAGCAGGUUAAUAUUGAGCAUAUAGUGGUCACUCACUGGCAUCAUGAUCACAUUGGUGGAGUUGAGAAUAUUUAUGGAGGCAUUGCAAAACACCCAAAAGUAUGGAAGCACAAAAGAAGCAAAGAAGACAGUCCCGAUAAUGAGUUAUCACCAUCAAUUCCUGUCAACUGGUUGUCUGAUGGUCAAGAGAUUAUUGUAGAAGGGGCUACAGUGAAGGUCCAUCACACACCGGGUCACACGACUGAUCAUGUAGUAUUAUCAUUGAAGGAAGAUAAUGUUUUGUUCAGCGGAGACUGCAUAUUGGGAGAGGGCACUGCGGUGUUUGAAGAUUUGUAUACAUAUAUGAAGAGUCUGCAAAAGAUAUUGGAUUUGAAGCCUGAUAUCAUUUACCCAGGUCAUGGACCUGUUGUUGAGGAUCCUCUCCAGAAAAUACAGUACUACAUUGAGCAUAGAAACAAAAGGGAAGGGCAAAUAUUAGAAGCACUCAAAAACAAUGCUUCCAAACAGCUAAACGAGAUGGAUUUAGUUAAAAUAAUUUACACUGAAACAGCAGAACACCUUUGGCCGGCGGCCGCUUAUAAUGUGAACCAUCAUCUCACGAAGCUUACCAAAGAAAAUAAGGUGAAAUGUGUGAAGGUAGAUGAUGAGAAUAGAUGGCAGUUUGAUGGGGUGUGCAAUUGUAACUUAUAAUGUGAGGACGAGAUGUUUUUUUUUAAAUAAUCUUUCUUGAUCAUUAUAAUAUUAUAUUCUGGUUAGAAAAAAUUAAUAAAAUUAUUGUUAUCACAUUUUA